AUCUGCCCACCACGAGCUGACAAAGGAUCUGAAUCUUCCGCUAACUCUGCAACAAAGGCAAGAGCAAGCAGAAAGCAGGCCAGAGGCGUGGGCUGACAUCUCACCGAGAGAAAGGGAAAGCGAUGGAGGCUUCUGGAUCUUCUUACCAGUCUCAAGACAGCAGUGGAGUCCACAGGGAAACAGAUCUACACUACCAAGAGACAGAGUUCCACAAGCAACAUGGGAAGGCCCCGGAUCGAUAUGAGAGAGACAAGUCUUCCUCCUCAUCCUCAUCCUCCUCUUCUUCCUCUUCCUCCUCCUCUUCCUCCUCCUCAGACAGCAGCGAUGAGGACCAGCACUCCAGAGGUCCCAGGAAACACAGAAGGAAGUCCCGCAGGGACAGCUCUCCUGGUGCCGACCAUGGGGAACUGGAGGUGCUGAAGGAUGAGCUUCAGGUCUAUGAAGGCGCUGCUGGGGAAAUGGUGCUUGCUGGGGAGUCAGGACUCCGAAGGAGAGGUUCCGGCUCAGCGGGGGGAGAAGUGGAGGCCUCUCAGUUAAGAAGACUGAACAUAAAGAAGGACGAUGAGUUUUUCCAUUUCGUCCUUCUCUGCUUUGCCAUUGGAGCCUUGCUGGUGUGUUACCACUACUAUUCAGACUGGUUCAUGUCCCUCGGGGUUGGCCUGCUUACCUUCGCCUCUCUGGAGACCAUCGGCAUCUACUUUGGGCUGGUGUACCGGAUCCACAGUGUACUUCAGGGCUUCAUUCCCCUCCUUCAGAAGUUCAGGCUGCCAGGGUUCAGGAGAACCAACUGAAAUCACUGCCUGGCGGCAGCUGUGCCAAUCCCCAAUGUGACCACUGUAACCACUGCCAUGCCUGAGCCCAGGAGACAGAACGACAUGCUGGAAGACACCAGAAGGCCACACAAUAAAGAGCUCUCUCCUCCCAUGUGAUCUGAGUGUUGGCACCAGUGGGCAGGCUCUUGCUCUGCAGAUUAGCAUGCAGUCUCCAUGGGGAAGAGAGGAGGGACAGUAUCUGGGUCAGCAAGAAGGAGCUGGGAUACCAUUGCUCUUAGGGGCAGCAUGAGUCCUAGGCCCUGCAGGCUUGGGUCUCUCUAGUGUCCUCAGGCCAUGCCCAUGAGCUCACAGUUCCUACAGAGCCAUUUUGGGACAGCCAUCCUGAGGCAGAGAGCUACCAGGCUUGGUCCCCAGGGAAACCUGUUGCAGGUAAGACACUGGGAACCAAAGCUGUGAACCCAUCACCCAGUGACCAACCCUGUUGCUCUUGGACUCCUAAAACCCAAAUAAAUAUUCUG